GUGGGCGGCGCGGAGCGGCGCGGCGCGGGGUGAUGGAGCCGCGGGUCCUCGCCGCCCGCGUCCCGGCACGCAGCGCCCGCUGAGGCCCGCCCGCCGCCGCCGCCGCGCGGCCGCCCCUCUCCUCCCGCCGCCCCCCGCGCACCCCCGGGAAAUGGCCACGGAGCCCCCGCGGCCGGCGCCGCCCGCGGCGGGGCGCCCCGAGGGCGGGUGCGGGCGCUGCGCGGGCGGCGGGCGCGGCGAGGCAGAGGAGGCCGCGGCCCAGCCGGCGCUCGGCGCCUCCGCGGGCCCCGCGGCGGCGGCGGGGGGCCGGCGGCGGGGGCUGAACGGCUGCGUGCCGCUGUCGCACCAGGUGGCCGGGCACAUGUACGGCAAGGAUAAAGGCGGUAUACUGCAGCAUCCAGAUGGGACUGUCCUGAAGCAGCUGCAGCCACCACCUCGUGGUCCCAGGGAGCAGGAGUUCUACAACAAGGUUUAUGACUCCAACUGUUGCGACAGCAUUCUUCUGGAGCUGCGGGAAUAUCUGCCAAAAUACUUCGGUGUCUGGUCACCACCUACUGCACCAAAUGAUACGUAUCUAAAACUGGAAGAUGUGACCCGUAAGUUUAAUAAGCCUUGCAUAAUGGAUGUAAAAAUAGGUCAGAAAAGUUAUGAUCCAUAUGCUUCAGCUGAGAAGAUACAGCAGCAGGUCAGCAAGUACCCGCUGAUGGAAGAGAUUGGCUUUUUGGUUCUUGGCAUGAGGGUUUACCAUGUCACUUCUGACAGCUAUGAGACGCAAAACCAGCACUAUGGAAGGAGCUUGACAAAGGAAACAGUAAAGGAUGGCAUCUCAAAGUUUUUCCACAGUGGGUACUGCUUGAGAAAAGAUGUGAUAGCUGCCAGCAUUCAGAAGAUUGAAAAAAUUCUGGAGUGGUUUGAGGGCCAGAAGCAACUCAACUUUUAUGCAAGCUCAUUACUGUUUGUUUAUGAAGGUUUGUGUCAGGCAACGACCAUGCGCUUGAGUGAUGUCACCUUGGCAGAAAAGAGAGGAGUGCCCAAAGGACUGUUAUCAGGUGGAGACAUACUGGAGUAUAAUAAUAAUAUUCAUGUAAUAAAUUCUACAGAGAAUGGAAAAAUUGAGGCCUCUGUAAGUAAAGGCUUGUCCAAAUUUUAUGCACUUCACAAAAAGGCAUACUCAAAGAGGCACCACAGUCAACUCUCACUAAAAGUUGAAAACUUGGAGCAAGGCAAUGUGUGGAAAAGCAGCACAUGCAUUACGCAAGAGCAUCUGAACGGAAAUGUUAUACCCCAACUGGAAAAAGUUUUCUGUCACAUGCCAGCAGAGACCAAGGAAAGUGCAAACGUAGAAGUCCGAAUGAUAGAUUUUGCUCAUGUGUUCCCUAGCAACACAAAGGAUGAGGGCUACAUUUAUGGUCUGAAGAAUCUAAUCACAGUACUUCAAAAUAUUUUGGAUAACUAAAUUCUUUGCUAUGUUUUUUACUGGGGCCAAUGAUAAAUAAGAGCAACAACACGAAGAAUUUCUGCACUUGUAAUGCUGUAUAACUGGGUUUGUAUUGUUCUAUAUUUUAUUUGUCUUUGUACUUUUGGUAGAAGGGUUUAACUUUUUAUAAUCUCACUCAGGAAAAUAAUUGAUCGUUAAUUAGCAAGUGUGAAAGGAUGAGAAUAUUUGAGAUGAAGCAGGAUAGGUAAAUUAGUAGAAUGAAACAUACGUGGUUGGCUUAAAUCCAAGGAGUACAGUUGUACAGUAAGGAAGGAUUAUGCUAGUUCCCCUAACGACUUUAGCGUAGAUAACAUUUGCCCACUUAGCCUUGACACUGAGCCAUAUCUCCAUUAACAGGUUUUUAGAAAACGGACUGAAAACUAGUGUGCAGGAUUGAUGUCCGCAGCACUGCCCUCUUGUGUUUACUGUAUUUGGAUAACUGGAGUUAACCUACUUUGAGUGAAAUCCUGUUCUGAGUCAGCAGUCUGACCUGGAAGCCGGUGUAUCAAAAAGUGCUUUUCAGUGUCACGGGACAAUGUUACUGUUGUUUCAGCCCUGGUGUGGGCACUCUGGGUGGUUGUCGGUAGCCAAUGCUCACCAUAGACAAGCUACAAUGUGGUUUGUGUUGAGGUGCUAAGAAAAUGCUGGAGUAAAAUACUUUUCACAGGCUUAAACUGCACAACUGCUAGAGAAACUGUUUGUUCCUAAGAAAGAGUAAAAACAUGCAAAUGUGAGAUGUUCCAGGAACUAAUUCAGUUUAGGAGAUUAAGUCAGUAUGUUAAUGGAGUGUCUGAUGUUGUGACUAAGGGAAAUGCUUCACUCCUUUGUUCUGAUGGCCCUUCUCCAAAAACACUGCUUUUAAAAGCAAACUAAUUGAAUGGGGAAAGAAAGCAUUUUGAGUAAGCAUACAGAGAUUUCCUCUAGCUGUUUGCCACUUGUAGUUUUGCAGCAAGCGUUUCACGUUUCCACUGCUGGGGAGCACCAACUGGAAACGAUGACCAGUACAGGUGAAGGACCCUUCACUGCGAAGAUAGAGUUCAGCCCUGGAGCAACCAGAUGUACCUCUGUUUGUUGCAGUGGAGUUGUGACACUCUUACCCUCGGCUAAAGCCAGCUCUUUCCUUAGUGAUACACAGGCAAGCUGCAUAAUUUGAAAGUUGUCCCACUUCAUUCUUUUUCACAGGAAAAUUCCACAUUUUCAUAUGGAGUAUUUGAGAUCAGGAUGAUGUAUCCAAAGUAUUUUUGGUGCGUGUCUUCUGUAUGCUGUGUACAUGGCUGUUGUACCAUACGUAUAUAGUCAGCUAUAUGGAAAGUUGGGAUGGAGGAGUUUUGCCAUCCAUAGAGCAAGAUUCUAAGGCUUUAAGCAAGCCCCAGAAAAAUAAAACUUUUUAGAAUGGAUUUGGUUAUUGGAAACAUACAUCUUGUAUGUGUGGACUUAAUGUGACACUGUGGCCUUGCUGCUCUCUCUGUGUGGUGUUCUGCACUAUGCACUCAUUUGUGUACAUGUCUGCAAGUUCUUGAUUUGACAUCUGUUUUCUAUAUUGGAAAGAAAUACUUCUUCAAGCAAAUACGCUGUUUUAAAUAAAGCUGAAGGUUUAGCUCUAUUUGAGAGCCUGGGUUAGUUGGAAGAAACAGGGUAUUACGUAUAAAACUAUAUUGGUUAAACUUUAGAGCUAAUAUUGGCCAAUACAUUCAAGAAGGAAACCCAUCUGUUGGUAACAUGAUGUUUUUGAAGCAUGGGAAAUGAUGCUUGUAGGAAGGGUGGUACCUUUGGUUAAGAAAAUUAUGCAAAUUGUGGUGAAUGCUGAGGCGAAAAUAUCAGGAUGAGAAAUAUUUUUUUUUUCCUACCUGGUAUUUCCACUGCACCAUAUAGUUACUGUAUUCCCCACUCUCUGUGAACUAAUUUAAGCCAUAUUCUGGAAAGAGUUUGUGGUUUUGUUUGCUUCAGCGCUGGUUUCUCUGUUAAGAUUUUGUAGUUCUAUCCCGUAAAUAGUGAACACUAGAGUAGUCGAGGCUGGCAGUGGCCUUGUGUGAUAAAUUCACAAUGUAUUGUAGAAAAUAUGGGGGAAAACACUUCUAAAUCUGAAUUUUUUUCUUCUAUAAUUCAUUCUGUCUUUUGUCUUCUGGAUUUUACUCCAUUUUGUGCUGGAAAAAUCAGGCAUCUGCCUCGAAGUCAGUUAUUGGGAAAUUAUCUGUAUGCUUUUAGUAUGCACCUUCUCCUGUCUCUGCUUUAAGAUACAAGUCUUCAGUGUUUGAAUGCUCUUUAGGUAUUGAUUGUUGUGUUGAUUAUGGCAGUGUUUGUAAUGCACCUGGAAUAUUGUUAAACUGUCAGAAUAUUUUGAAUUAAAAAAAAAUAAAUAAUUUUAUCAUGUUUUUUUACCAGUAGUUACUAUGGAUAUAUUUCUGUUACUUUAAAAUGUAGCUUGAGCGAUAACAGUAUUUUUAAUUGGGAGUUGUGUAAAUAAAGCUUGCUGUAGGGAUGCUCUGGCAUAGUACCAACUGUGAAUCUGAGCCUGCAAAGGUGUUAUUCACAUUGUUCUUGCACAUUUUAGAUCAGGCAUUUCUAUCUGAUCGGAUUCGUUUCAGUUACAGUUGGAGAUGUAUUCACAGAAAUCAUUAAACAGAUUACAGAAUUAGUUGGAAAAUGAUGAGGGAGGUACUGGCCAAUAAAUGUGUGCAUUGCCAUUGAUCUCCCUCCCUCUCAGUGAUGCUUCUUUUGUUGUCUGUAUGAAGUGUACAGGACAGGCGACAGGUACGUGGAAAUAGUUAUGGAAAUGGUAACCAGGCAUAUAGGUAUUUUUGUCUCAUAAAACUGAGAGCAGGUCACUUCCCCAGACUGGUGUGGUGUAUCUGAGUGCUCUUGCCGUUGAUGAAACCCAUCUGUUUUGAUUUUAAGCAAUAAGAGUUUGAUUUAGCAGAGCUGAUUGUCAAAAGGAAAGAUUCAGGGAAGCAUUGUCAUUUGUGUACUUUCUCAGAAUAUGCUUUUCUGAAGACUUUCUACUUUGGUUAUUGUGAGAAUUGUGUAUAGGCUUACCUAAUGAGAGCUUGAAUUGUAUGGAGUUUUAUAAAAAAAACCUUUACAUACAUGAUUAUUUUUGGAUAUGGAUGGAAUUUGUUGCAUAAAUUACAUUGGAAAUUACGAUACCAUUAUGAAAUUUUAAAACACUGUAAUCGGAUAAUUUUAGGAACUAAAGUGGAGACUUUUUGUUGUGAUUCACAUGAAACUUGUACUGUUUUUUUCCUGCUGUAAUGCAUAGUCAGACCAUUCUCUUCCAUAACCCUAUAGUUCCAUGGAGAACUUCUGAAGUACUCAGUAGAUUAGGAGAUCACUAAUUCCCCUUAGUUUGAUUUAACAGAGUGCGUAUGUUCUUGAAAUAGUUCAGUGCACUUAUUUUAAGUACUGUUAGUGUAUUACGCACCUAGAGCCCCAGUAAAACUUCCUCACCUGCAGAGAGCUCCUGCUGAUCUGGGUCUGGACUACACAGUGUUUAAAGCGGGCCUUCUCACAGGGAGCAGUGGUGGGGAAGGGAAGGCACCACCUGUGACGCUCGUGGCAGGCGGGGGUGCUUACAGCCUGAACUUAAUAUCGUAACUUCUCUUAUUUGCUGGUGCGAAGUACUAUCAAGUAUAGGAAGAUAGUGGAAGGAUAGAGACUUGCACCCACAUCUGUUGUUUACAGUUAUGAUUAGUUGUUCAUCCUCUCUCCUAAUUUUUUGUGGCUGCUUUUUUUUCUCCAAGUAAGCUUUCCUCCUGAGUGCCUUCUUUAGCUCUUGCCACCAAUAACCUUCUGUAGCAUCGUUGUGAAAAAUUAAAAGUGAAAUUGUAAUUUCCUGGAAAACUUGUGCCCCAUAACUGCUCCUAAAGUGCAGGUAUUGAAAAACAUCAUGAAAAUCCCUCAAAUACUGUGGGAAAUGCAGUUUCCCUUUUGCACCCUUUCCCAUGAAAGAGGAGUAGUAGAAUGUUAGUGGUGAGACUGGAUGGGAGGUUGUGUAAAAAUUACCUGUGUUCUGAAAGGGACAUCUUGGGGGCAAGGUGAGAGAUGGCAAAACUGCAUGAAGUUUUCCUUUUUGUACUGCAAGUAAUAUGGAGGUUUGGGGUUAAGAAGGUAGCGUAGCGGGAAGUGACGGAAGCUUUUUGUAAGGAGCCCCGAGUAGGACAUCUGGUCAGGUCUGCAGUGCAGGUCACCGCUAUGGAUAAGAUCCAAAUGCUGCGUGUCUUCAGUUCUCUCGCAGGGCUAAUAUACCAUGCAUACGCAUCAACUUACAGCAGAGCCUUGCAGGAUGUUACAUGGGAAGUACCUUCCAUCCCAAAGCCACAGGCCGAAUGCUGCCCCUUUGCCAUGUUCACAGCCAUCUGUGUAUGAAAGCUGCAGAAAGGGUUGUCAUCAAAAGGAAAAAUGUAAUGGAGUGGUGUUUGAAAGGGGAAAAAAUGAGAAAAGCUAAGGAUUGUACAGCAGAAAGCACUUCAAGAAACAUCUUUCAGUGUAGUCUUGCUUAGUGGAGAUGGGCCCCAUGUAUUUGGAGUUUAAUUCGUUAUAUGCCAUCCAACAGCAAAUACAAGUACUGUAAAACCACCUUAGUUUGAAUUGUGUACAUUGGUUCAAAUAGUUAUUUUUUUAAGAAAAGUGACCUAUGAAGUAAUUUCCAAAUAUGAUGUGUGUUGCACCUGACCAUAAAUGAAACUAGGGUGCACAAAGGCACUUUAAUACUCUGGGAACUGUACUGGAAGGUAAAUGAAAGCAUGUGAAAUUGCACCUGAUGUUGUGUUAAUUGUUUUCAGAAUCUAAAAGUCUACCUUAAUUAUGCUUGAUGGAUGAAUGUAUCUAGUCUCAGUUUCUUUGAUUCAAGUGUCUAAAGCCGUCACUCAAUCUCCUCUAAUUUGUAUGUCUUUGUAAUUUCAUUUGCUAUUUUUUUCCAUUAUUGGACUGCAGGGGGUAUUGUUAAUAAAUGUGUUUAUUUUAUAGAAUAUUGUACUAUGUGCUAUCUACCAACUUUUGUAACUUAAUUAUAAGUGAUAUUUAGGAUAAUUCUAAUAGCUGUAUAUUUGGCAAAUUAUUAAAACUUUCUGCAAGUGA